UGUCAUCAUAUCAAAGUGCGAACAUCUGAGGAAGAGGCAUUAUUUUAGAGUCUGUAUUUUGGCACCUGUGUGAGAAGUAUAAUCAAAGAUGGAGGCAAGAAUGGUCUUUCUAUUCUGUUUUUUGGCAGUUGAUGACAGUGCUGCACAAGCGAAAACAAGCCUGAUGGAUGACCAGCCCUCCUUACGGAUCCCUGUCUCAGAGACAGCCACUAUGCAGUGCUGUUACAAAGGCACACCUAGCCAGGUCACAUGGUCCCUGACAGUUAUGACUUCCCACGGUAACAGUACGAGUAACCAGAUCACCCUGCCUAAUGAACGAAUGAAAGUAUCAAAUACUUUCAUAAAAGAGACGGAAAAGGAUGUCAAAUGCAGUUCUCUGGAGCUAAAAAAUGUCAGCAAGACUGAUAUUGGCCUGUAUUCGUGCACCCUAAACCUCACUCAGCCGCCCUACAUUCUUACUACGCCCGGCACCUUCCUGCAGGUGUUUGAGCCCAUUCGCAAGACACUGAACAUCAGCGAGACGACUAAAAACAGCAUCAUCACUGUUCAAGGUGUUUUUCUGCUGUUUUGCGUGCUCAUUCCUGGCACCAUGCUCAUCUGCAAGUCAAGGGGACUUCAUGAGCUGGAGAAGAGAAAGGGCAAGGAGGAAGAAAAUAUUUAUGAGGGUCUAAAUCUGGACGAUUGCACCUCAACCUAUCAUCAGAUCCAACGCUCUCAAGUACAAGGUCCUUACCAGGAUGUGGUCAAUACUGUGGAAGAUGACAUUCUGCUGGAGAAGCCCUGAAUAGGUGGCAAUGGAGAGGCUGAAAGUAAAAAGAGUGGAUUAGGUUGCUGUCUUUAUAAGGGUGGAAAGGGGAAAUGACAUGGAAUCAUAUUUUAAAGCUAUUAAAGAAAACAUAAAUGUGUCUUUAUAUAUAUUUUUUUCUUUAUCUGUGGAUUUUUAUCUGUUUGUCUGUGCCUUUGUAUCGUUAAAAGUGGUCUACUAACAAAGCCUAUGUGAGUUUCUGCAUCACUGUUGAAAUAAAACAAUAUAAAAAAAACAUCGCCAAUUAUAUAUAUGAGUACAAAACCAUACACAAAACCAGAAAGAGAAAAAAAGAAAUGAAUAAAGA